AUGGGGGAUACAGUUGAUGAAGGUGGUGGAGAUGCCAUGGGGAAUACAGUUGAUGAAGGUGGGACAUCAAGUCUGGAAAAGACGGAAUUGGCAACUUACGAAUUGAAGGAUACCAACCAAUUUUGUAAAUAUGAUUUAUACGAAAACCCAUUGUUGUUGAGUAGAGAUGACAAUCGUCUUCUUAAUUUAUUUUGGGCAGAUGGGAGAUGUAGAUCAGACUAUGAAACAUAUGGCCAUGCAGUAGCUUUUGAUUCGACGUACAAGACUAAUAGUUAUGGGCAAUCGCUGCUGAUAUGGAUAGGAAUUAAUAACCACUAUAGAACGUGCAUUUUGGGCUUUGCCAUUCUUAACAAUGAGUCUGGAAGCAGCUACAAGUGGGCGACAAGGGCUUUCUUGGAAUGCAUGGAAGGUGUUCUACCCAAAACAGUAGUGACAGAUGGAGACAAAGCUAUUGCUAACACGUUAGAGGAGUUGAUGCUAGAUGUACCCCACCGAUUGUGUUAUUGGCAUUUACACAACAAAGCCAUUUUAAAAGUGAAAGAUCCAUCUUUUGCGAGUAGGUUUACCAAAUUGGUAUUCCGGUACUACACAAAGGACGAGUUUGAAGAUAAAUGGUACCACUUAGUGAAAGAUUUUGGGAUACAAGGCACUGAAUAUGCUGCAAAACUUUAUGCAGACAAGGAGAAGUGGGAUGAAACAUUUCUGAGAGGGAAUUUCUUCUGUGGAAUGACAACUACUCAACUGAGUGAAGGUAUUAAUGUGGUGUUGAAGAAAAAAGUGAAUCAAAAUUUGAAGUUGUACGAGUUCGUGAGGGUGGUCAACAUGGCCUUAUCUUUAAUUAGACAGCGUGAAGCAAAGGAUGAGUACAUUACACUUCACACUAGUCUCGAGCUCAGGAAGACAAAUUUGCCACAGAUAGAGGAUGAAUUAGCAAAUCUUUACACAUGGAACAUGUUCUACAAGGUACGACACCAAAUGUUGAAAGAAGGUAGGUACAUGGUGAAAACCCUAUCGAAGGAAGAGGAUGCAGUAAUUUUGAAGCUUCGCAUGUAUGCUGCUGAACAAGUGAAGAGGCAUGUAUAUGUAACACCGGAGCGUGAUCUCUUUGUUUAUGAAUGCCAAUAUUUUUUGUCAUGUGGGAUACCAUGUUAG